AUGCCUGUCAAGAUGCAUAACUUCUACGUGCCUAUUGGUGGUUACGUUAAUGACCCAGCGCGUGGUAACCAGGAACCACGACGACAUAGAUUACAGGCAGCAGUAUCACAGCAACAACCACAGUUGUAUCGUGUGGAGCCACCGAAGGCUCCUGAACCAACCCCUGAAGAGCAAGGGUUUACUACUAAAUUAAGACUUAAUAUACCUGAACAUUUCGAUGUUGGAGUAGACAAAAAUGUAUCAGCGAAAGAUGAAGAGAACAUAGAAUGCUGGAGAGGUACUGGUAUAGGUCGUAAUGAUCAAGUUGAAACGCGAGAUUUUAAAGUUAGACCUGGAAAUGUUGAUACAGAUUGUUAUUUCAUGCUAAUCGAAGAUAAGGGCCAGAAUAGCGCUAUGGUAGUCCCAGUAUCUAAGUAUACUAUGCUGGAGCCUAUAAUUAAACCUAAAAAUCCAACAAGCGUUACGGAGCCGCGUGCGACAUCGAGCAAAACUAUAAUGGAUGAGCGUCUAAAGAGACUAGGCAAAUUUGAUGAUAUAACAGUGCCUGAGGAGGCUCCACGUGAUGGCUCACCUCAGCCAUCAUCCCGUAACAAGGUUACCAAGAUCCAAUGGGAUUAUGACGGGGCACCAAGUGAUGAUGAAGAGUUGUACCCCCAGGAAGAGCAUGAAGAUGAUGGAGAUGACCCGCUUAACCAGCCUCAAUUGACGUUAUACGGUCACAAAAUGAAGACGCUGUUACAACAACAGAUCGACCGUGAAGUUGACGAGGAGUUGCGGGAGUACUCCGAAGAGGACGAGGGUUCUCAAGCAUCAUCUUCAGCUAAACAGCAGCGAUCGCAGGAAGCCCCCGAGGCGCAGCCAACCAAGAAGCCUAAAAUGGAUAUCGAUAGGUUCCAGGCUAUCGAAGAGCGUGUUUUAGCCUUUUUACGUGAGAAUAAUGGUAAAGUGCCGGUGAAGGGUGUCCUUGCUCACUUCAACAUCACUGCUAAGAAUGACGAUUUCCGUAGAAUACAGAAUGUGAUUCAAAAGAAAUGUACUAUGAGUAGUGAAGAUAAGGAUAAUAAGAAGAUCAAGUUCAUCUCGUUGAAACCUGAAUUUAUGUGA